AUGCGUGUUGUAGGUACACGCGCCGGUGCCAAGAGCAAGAAAAGGGGAAAACAAGACGCAGCGGGUGCAACAGGACAUGGAGAAGAUGCAGACGACGAGGAGCAGCAGCCAGAGAAAGGGCAUAAGCGUGAGGACGAGCGUGAGGGAGAGCGUGAGGGCAGGAGAGAGGGUGAGCGUGAGGGCAGGCGUGAGGGCAGGCGGGAGGGCAGGCGUGAUGGCAGGCGGGAGGGAGAGCGUGAGGCUGAGAGAGAGGGAGAGCGAGAAGGUGAGCGAGAGGGAGAGCGAGAGGGAGAGCGAGAGGGAGAGCGUGAAAGAGAGCGUGUUGUGAAGCGUGAGGGAGAGCGUGAUGUGCAGCAUGAGGGAGAGCGUGAUGUGCAGCACGAGGGAGAGCGUGAGGUGAAGCGUGAGGGAGAGCGUGAUAUGACGCGUGAUGAGUCUUCUCCCUCUACUCCAGCAGGUGCCUGUGCGGAUGAUGCACAGAAUGUUCGUGGUCAUGGGGAGGGUGGGAGGGAGAGACGUGGUGCAGAGUUAGAUGAUCAGAGAGGGGUGUCAGGGAGAGUGAAGGCACGGGCCAGAAAUGCUGGAAAGAAGGCCGUUGCAGAGGUGGAAUCUUCAGAUGAAGAUGAUAGUUCUGAGGAGGAAUCAGGGAGUUCCUCCGGGAGCGAGGAGAAGUAUGAUGAGGAGGAGGACGAGAGUGAUGACGCUGAAUCUGAGUCCGGGAGUGAUGACGACGGUAGGAGAGGGGGGAGGGCACGAGGAGCGCGCAACCACCGCUAUAGUGGAAAGCGUGGUCAUGCAACCGGUGCCGGUGGUGGUGACGAUCUGGCCUGGGGUGGGGGGCUGGGGGCGAAUGAGGGUGAGGCGUGUGGUGUUGGAGAUUGGUUCAAUGAUGAAAGGAAAGUUGGACGCUCUGACCCAGCAACUCCCCUCCCGUUUGCAUCGGCAGGAGGCAAUUCCCCGCUCAACGCUAGCGGAGUGCCCAUCAUUCCUUCAAGCACCACUCCUAAUGAUUCCAUGCAGCAACUCUUUCAGGCUUUGCAGGAAGCUAAUAGGCAGAUCGCAGAGCUGAAGGCCGGUCGGGGACCUUUGGUGGACCGGGGGGGAAACGGGACGCAACUCCCGCCGCUUACCUCGAUCUCCAGCGAGCAACCUGAGCCGCCCGAAACGCCGGGCGCUGUGGCGGAGAGUGCUAUUCAAGGCACUCCAAUCACCAGGAGGCAUGGGAUGCCUAAUGCAACAAAUCUGAAGCUCUACAUGGAAGAAGCUCGGACGCGCAUGUGUAUGGAGGCUGAGGACCAUCUCAUCACGUUCUAUCCAAGCUUUGAGAAGCGCAUUCUUGUUUUGCACGAAGUUAUUUCCGAGCACUACGUGGUUCCCUUGAUCAUACUCAAAGAGGCCAUGGCAGAUAAAACGCGCAGGGAUGCAUUCAAGCGCGUGUACACUCAGUGGAAGAACGAGCGUGGGUUUUACGUCAAACGCACCGUGCUCGAGGGUUUGGGGGUUCCCAUGAGUGGCUUGCGGGCGGCGGAAAUUCACAUCGACACCGAGCUCAAGGAGGAACUCUGGGGGGAGUUUGGCCCGAGUGCGGACGCCCUACUGAGCACAUGGGGAAAUGCCGAGGAUAGUGAUCUCCCGUUCGGCAACGAGAUUUUCUUCAACGCGGCCAUGGACGCAUUUGGUGAAUUUGCCGUGGGGAACGACAUUUGCUUGAAGGCAUAUCACAUUGCAUGGACUAUCUUGGUGGUGAGUGACUUGUUAGGGCCCUUUAGCGUGUUUCUCUAG